AUGGGAAAGGUCGAUUAUGCCUACCUUCUCGUCGGCACGGUCGCCGCGAUCGCUGCCGGCGUGCCGCUGCCUGUAAUUGGCGUCAUGUUCGGCAAGAUGCUGAACCAGUUCAACCAGGCAUCGUGCGAUGCAGGCAUGCCACACGACACGAGCCACUUCCUCGAGCUGGUCGCAGAGCAUGUCAUUCUCAUUGUCGCUGUCGCAGCCGCCAACUUUGCUCUUGUGUGGAUCUAUACGAGCUGCUGGUCGGCGCUCGGCGAGCGCAUCGUGCGGCGCAUGCGCGAGUCAUAUGUGCGCUCGCUUCUUGCGCAGGACAUGACGUUUUUUGACCGCCUCACGCCAGGCGCGGUCAGCACGCACCUCAGCGGCGACCUGUUGUCGGUACAAAACGGCACAAGCGAGAAAGUGGGCAUUCUCAUUGCGUCGCUCGCCUACUUUGCCACCUCGUACGCAGUGUCGUUCUGGCUCCUGCCCGUGCUCGCCGCAGAGCUCGUGUCGCUCGUGCCGGCACUGCUCCUCGUGUCGCUCAUCGGCGCCCACUUUGGGUCCAAGUUUACCGCGCGGUCCUCAGAGCAGCUGUCCGAGGCGACGGGCCUCGCGACCGAGAUUAUGACGCACCUACGUGUCGUCCAGGCGUUUGAGGCCUUGAAGCCGCUGCAGACUGUGUACAAUGCCUACCUGCGGCGCGCACGCGUCAGCGGCAUCCACCGCGCACUGAGUGCUGCGACGAUGCUCGGCGCCCUCUUCUUUGUCGCAUACAGCGCAAAUGCCCUCGCAUUCCACAGCGGCUCGCGCAUGGUCGCUGGCAACAUGGUCGACCCCAAUGUCAAUGCAGAUGACACGGUCGGAUCCGUGUACACCGUCAUCUUUUUGCUGCUGGACGCGUCAUUCGUCGUCGGACAGAUCGCGCCCUAUCUGCAGGCGUUUUCGUCCGCAGGCGGCGCGGGCCAGCGGCUCUUUUCCGUUAUUGAGCACGCGUCUGCGAUCGAUGCAAGCAGCAGCAAAGGCGAGGUGCGCGACGCGCCGCUGCUUGGCUUUACGCUGAAGGACGUUACUUUCGCAUACCCCGCACGACCCGAAAGCCAUGUCCUCACCGACGCUACACUCACCAUCCAGCCCGGCGAACGCGUCGGUAUUUGUGGUGCAAGCGGCAGCGGAAAGAGCACCGUCGCUGCCCUCUUGCACCGGUUUUACGACCCGCUCAGCGGCGAAAUUGCAUUGCACGAUGGCACGCCUUUGCAGAAGCUGAACAUUCAGUGGCUGCGCUCGCAACUCGGCUAUGUCGGCCAGGAUGCUGUGCUGUCUGACUGCUCGGUCCUGGAAAAUAUCGCGCAUGGCCUCUUGCAGAGCCCGCGGCAUCCCCACCUCCAAGAUGCGCUCCUUUUCCUCUCGCGGCACGCACUGCACGAGCCACUCAAGGAAAACUGGCUGGCAGACGCCCCAGAGGAGCACAAGGGUGCUCUCAACGAGGUUGUGCGCUUGGUCGAAGAGGCCGCCAAGGCCGCACAUGCUCAUACGUUCAUCGAGACCCUGCCGGCGUCCUACCGCACGGCGGUCGGCCAUGCGGCGAACACGCUGUCGGGCGGCCAGAAGCAGCGCAUCGCCCUAGCGCGCGCUGUUGUGAAGAAGCCCAAGGUGCUUGUGCUUGACGAGGCGACCGCCGCACUCGACUCGCACAGCGAACUCGCCGUGCAGGCAGCGCUCGACGGCAUGGAAGAGCCGCGCACGACCAUUGCGAUCGCACACCGUCUUGCGACGAUCAAACAUUACGAUCGCAUCAUUGUCAUGGCCCAAGGCAAGGUCGUCGAGCAAGGUACGCACGCCGAGCUCCUUGCGCUCGACGGGCACUAUGCUGCGCUUGCUACUGCCCAGCUCGACGAACCGACGAGCGAACCCUCGUCCUGCCACGAGCCCGAGGAACACGAGGUGCCGGAAAAAGGCGUCUAUCUUGGCGAGAAAGAGAUGCCGGUGACAACCUUUGGCGCCGCCCGCGCCGAGGCCGAGGCCGAAGAGGACCGUGCGCCUGCAGUCAAGCCUGAGACGCUCGUUCCUCAGCUGUCACACAGCAAGACGCUGCGUCGUCUCGGGCAAUGGACUGCGCCGUCGUGGCCGCUGUGGAUUAUUGGCCUCUGCGCGAGCGCUGUGAUUGGCGGUGCGUACUCCGGCGAGGCCGUGCUCUUUGGCCACGUCGUCCAGGCCCUUAAUCCCUGCCAGCCGGUGGACCAUGUCAAGUCCCAGGCCGAUUUGUUUGCGCUUUUCUUUUUCAUUCUUGCCUUGAUUGAAUUGGUAGCGUACUUUGUGAGUGGCACGGCGCUCGGUCUAGUGGCCGAAUCGCUUCUGCUCCGUGUGCGUCGGCGUAUUGUUGAAGUGCUUGCUGUGCAGCGUCUCGCGUGGUACGAAUCGCGGCAUGCGACGCCCUCGACGCUCAUCGCGAACCUUGUCGCAGACACGAGCAAUCUCGGCGGCCUGACGGGCACCGUCAUCGGCACGAUCGCGAGCAUCCUUGUGAACUUGAUCGCGGGCAUUGUGCUCGCACACGCCGUUGCAUGGCGUAUUGCGAUUGUUAUCCUUGCCACGGUCCCGAUCCUAAUUCUCUCGGGCUAUUUGCGCUUGAAAAUUCUGGCCGAAUUUCAGCGCAGGCACGAGACGGUAUAUGCCAAGUCGACGGCCAUUGCUGUGAAUGCCGCAUCGUCGAUCCAGACGGUUGCCGCGCUGCGUCGCGAAGAAGACGUGCUGCAGCUCUUCCACCAUGCCCUCGAGAAGCCCUACCACGAGAGCAUGCGCUACAUUGUUAUUGGCAACGUGUUCCUUGCGAUUUCCUUGAGCAUUUCCUACUUUAUUUAUGGCUUCGCCUACUGGUGGGGCUCCAAAAAUGUGGCGGAGGAGCGGUACUCGCAGGUGGCCUUCUUCACGGUCUUGCCUGCGCUCCUGUUCUCGGCGCAGACCAGUGGCCAGCUGCUGGCGUUUGGCCCGGACGUGUCCAAGGCGCAGGUCUCGGCGAUGAACCUCUUUUCGCUGCUCGAGCAUGCCAAGGCGCCUGCGCGGGCCUCUGAGAAAGCUGAGGUGCUCGAGGACGUCGAGGCCGAGGCCAAGGCGCCCGCGCUCUCUGCCCACGGCCCCCUCCCGGUCUCGUUCGACCAAGUGGGCUUUACAUACACGCAGCGUGCAAGCCCUGCGCUGCGCGAGGUCUCUUUCGAGGCGCAGCCUGGCCACUUUGUCGCGCUGAUUGGCGAGAGUGGUUCCGGCAAGUCGACGUGCCUGAGCCUCAUUGAGAACCUGUACGAGCCGAGCCAGGGGUCGAUCCGUGUCGGAGGCUGCGUCACGACGGCAAUUCCCUCGCACGAGCUGCGGUCGAGCAUGGCGAUUGUCCCUCAAGACGCGAUGCUCUUCCACGGCUCGAUCCAGUUCAAUGUGGCCCUGGGCCUGGACGAUCCCAUGUCGGCGGCUGGUGCCGUGUCGGAGGCGCAAGAUCCUGUACAUACUUCGUCGGAAGUGGACCCGCGCAUCGUGCAAGCGUGCAAGGAGGCCAACAUUCACGACGUGAUUACCGCCAUGCCGAACGGCUACCACACCGACGUGGGUCCAGGGGGCACACACCUUUCUGGCGGCCAGCGCCAGCGCCUUGCCAUUGCGCGUGCGCUUGUCCGCCGCCCUCGGCUGCUGCUGCUGGACGAGCCGACGUCUGCGAUGGACGCGACGAGUGAGCAGGCCUUCCAGAACACGCUCGAGGCGCUGCAUGAGUCGCGCCAGUGCACGAUCCUCACCGUGGCGCACCGCAUGCGCACGAUCCGCAUGGCCGACCAUAUUGUUCUCUUUUCGCACGGCCGCAUCGUUGCGCGCGGCACGCACGCCGAGCUCAUGCAGAGUUGCGCGACGUACCGCGCGAUGGUUUCGCACCAGUCCGUUGGUUCAUAG